AUGAACUUAGGCAGUUUCAUGGCAAACACGUAUCUCUUUAUGAUGCAAGCUCGUGGUAUAAUGUUGAGAGAAAAUGUAAAAACAAUAGGACAUAUGAUCAGAUUGUACACUAACAAAAACACUACACUGAAUGGCACAGAUUUUCCUGAAGGAAACAAUUGUAGUGACUCUGUUGCUCAAACAACAAUGUAUCUUCCAGAAAACUUCACUUACUCUCCUUACCAGGCUUGUCCAGAGAAGCUGCCUUACAUGAGAGGCCUUAUUGAUGUCAAUGUGAGUGAAAUUAGUUUUGAUGAAAUUCAGCAAUUGUUUUCAAAAGAUUUAGACAUUAAGCCAGGAGGACACUGGAAACCAAAAGACUGUAAGCCACGAUGGAAGGUGGCAAUCCUUAUUCCUUUUCGGAAUCGCCAGGAGCAUCUUCCAAUUUUUUUCCGUCAUCUGAUUCCUAUGUUGCAGAAGCAGCGUCUGGAAUUUGCCUUCUAUGUUGUUGAACAGACAGGAACACAACCUUUUAAUCGUGCUAUGCUCUUUAAUGUUGGCUUCAAAGAGGCUAUGAAGGAUGCUGUUUGGGAUUGCAUAAUAUUUCAUGAUGUGGAUCACUUACCUGAAAAUGACCGAAAUUAUUACGGAUGCGGAGAAAUGCCACGCCAUUUUGCAGCAAAGCUGGACAAGUACAUGUACAUUCUUCCAUACAAUGAGUUCUUUGGUGGUGUAAGUGGCCUGACAGUGGAACAAUUCAAGAAGAUCAAUGGGUUUCCAAAUGCCUUUUGGGGAUGGGGUGGAGAAGAUGAUGAUCUUUGGAACAGGGUUCACUAUGCUGGAUACAAUGUAACAAGACCAGAGGGAGAUUUGGGGAAGUACAAGUCCAUUCCGCAUCAUCACAGAGGUGAAGUUCAGUUUUUAGGACGAUAUAAACUUCUGAGGUAUUCCAGAGAACGUCAGUAUAUUGAUGGGUUGAACAAUUUAAUAUAUACUCCUAAAAUACUUGUCAGUAGAUUAUAUAAAAAUAUAACUGUUAAUCUCACACCAGAACUUGCUCCUGUUAGAGAUUAUUGAUAGAAGUGGAAUGACAAGCUACCCUACCAGAAUAAACUUUUAACACUGGAAGUUACUAAUAGACACUAAAACAAUACAAAACCAACAAACAGCAGCUUAGAAUUAGAAAUAUUUGACCAUGUGAUGAUGCAUAUUUGGGAUGAGAAGUAAAAUGUUUGUGUGCACAUUUUGUUCUGAAAGAAAAGCCAGCAGCUACCACUCAGAUGUUUACAGCAUGAGACUACUGUUCAAGCCUUCAUUCUUCACAUUCUCUAUCUUAACGACUCAACUAAAUAAACUGCAGAAAACAGACUUGUAGCUUCCCUGGAAGCCGGAACAGAGGCCUCUUCCUCCAGGAAUAUUUUUAUACUAAACUAUCCCUCCUCCCCUUCCCACUCUGUAUUUAAAUGAAUGCUUUUGUUUAUUUUAAAAUGUGUUUUGUAAAUAUGUGAUGUAAAUUAAUGUGUGUAUAUAUUGCUUUUAAAUUGCUCAAUAUUUUAUGCUUCAGUAUGCAUUUGAGCAUGUUCUUGUUUUGAGUUCUAUAGGAAUGUUUUCAUUAGCAUGAAAGAACAAGUAUAAAAUCUAAGUAUGCUUAGAAAAAAGUUAUACCUUAUGUGAAA